GAGAACGGGGAUGUGAUCUACAGUAAAGUGCUGUCUGGGGACAGGAAGGUCUUCAGACUGGAGACUGUGUUAGACGCCACGCCAGAAGAGAUACAUCACAUCCUGUGGAAGGUGGAAGAGAUGCACCAGUGGAACCCAAGCAUCAAAAACAUCAAGGUUCUAAAGCAAGCUGGCCCGGAAACCAUGGUUACGCACGAGGUGUCAGCAGAGACAGCCGGCAACCUGAUAGGCCAGAGAGACUUCCUGAGUGUGAGACACUUCUCCAGACAGGAGUCAUGUAUCUAUCUGGGGGGAGCAGCCACGCACCUGGAGACCUUCCCUCCUCAGAAAGGCUUCGUCAGAGCGGAGGACGGACCAACGUGUAUUAUCAUCGAGCCCCUGGCAGACGACACAGGCAGGAGCCACUUUACGUGGCUCCUCAACAUGGAUGUCAAGGGCUGGCUGCCAAAGUCAAUCGUCAAUCAAGCUUUGCCGCGAGCGCAGGUGGAUUUCACCCGGUGUUUGCGCAGACGGCUGGCCGAGGGACCUACUCAGCGACACACAAACCACCAUCCUCCCACAGUGUCUAGAGCCGGACAAACACCGCACACACACUCUCUGACACACACUCACUGGAGUUGAGUGCUUGGGAGUAGAGACAGAGACAGAGAGAGAGAGAGACUU